ACUAAAUAGGAGUUAAAUUAAAUAAUAUAACUAAAUAUAUUAUACGCUAAAACGUACUUGUUAUAUUUAAACUAGAGUGACCAACUACAAAAAUGUGCAUCAAAUACGCGCUGGCAAUGGUCAUAGUGGCCGUAAAUGUGUACGGCAGUGACCUGGAUCAAUGUGCCCUAUUAAUAGCCGGUGAUUACGACUGCAAUGAUAGCCGUCUAACCAUUCAGGAGAUGAUGGGAUGUGUCGCCGAUUUUGUCGACAUAUGCGUCGACGAACAGAUCGACACCGGGUUAUGCAAUGUCCCCGAAAGUUAUGUCAAGGAAUUCAUCAUGGUCAAUGGCAAUGAGGCACAAACAAACGACUACGAACAGUUUUUAAUCUGUUGCUCACAAAUGUUCAUGCACAAUUGUUACAUGGACCUGUUAAAGCCGAUAGUCCAGUAA